AUGAUAAAGAAUUUUAUUCAUAGAUCAAUUACUUCCCCCAAAAAGUUUAUAAUUGGGAAAGGAUUGUUAAAUAACCCAUCAAAAUAUAUAAAAGAUUUUGGAAGUAAUUGUUUUAUUAUAUGCGAUGUUGUUUUUUUAGAUACAAUUAAACAACAUACAGAGGUUUCUUUAAAUAAAGAAAAUAUCAAGAGUCACAUAGAGCAAUUUAAUUAUCAAUGUACCAAAGAAGAAGUAGAUAGAUUGUGCGCAUUAACCAAGAAAUUCAAGAAUGAUAUUGUUGUAGGUAUUGGUGGUGGGAAAACUCUUGACUCUGCAAAAGCCGUUGCAUAUUAUGAAAGAUUACCCGUAAUAUUAAUGCCUACUAUUGCUUCAACAGAUGCACCAUGUACUUCACUUUCUGUUCUAUAUAAAGGCAAUGGAGAAUUUGACAAGUAUCUUUAUCUUCCACAAAACCCCGAUUCAAUUUUAGUUGACACUACUGUUUUAAUAAAUGCACCACCAAGAUUUUUUUCAGCAGGUGUUGGUGAUGCUUUAGCAACAUAUUUCGAGGCCCGAGCUUGUUAUCAAACAACUGGUAAUAAUUUGGUCAAUAUGAAGCCAUCAAGGAUAGGCCUAGGUGUUUCAAAAAUGUGUUAUGAAAUUAUAAGUGACAAUAUAGACAAAGCAAUGGAUGCAGUUAAAAACAAAGCAAUUACACCAGCUUUUGAACAAAUGAUAGAAGCAACAAUAUAUUUAUCUGGUAUAGGCGCUGAGUCAGGUGGUCUUGCUGCAGCACAUGCUGUUUGUAACGGAAUGAGUAUUAUUCCAGAUUUACAUAGAGCUCAACACGGAGAAAAGGUUGCAUUUGGAUUAUUAACCCAGUUAGUAUUAGAGAAUGCUGCUCAUGAAGAAAUUGAAAAUGUUUUUAGAAUAAUGAAGAUUGCAAAUCUACCAUUAACCGUGGAAGAUUUGGGCUUAAAGAAUUGGGAUGUGGAGCAAUGGCAUAAGGUCGCUUCUAUCGCAAAUGAUAAAAACGAUACAAUGGUCAAUUUACCUCAAAAAGUUGAUGAUCAAGAUAUUUAUAAUGCCAUGUUAACCGCAAAUGAAAUGGGUAAAAGAUAUAAAAACAAACCAAUAGAUUCAUUUAAAUUUGUUCAAUUUAAUAAAUAA